UCAAUUAUAUUAUUCUCAUAUGGAAUAUUAAUUGAUAGAAUAAUUUAAACACUUAUAUUAACUCAAACAAACAGAAGGUAAGAGCUAUACAGUUCAAACAUUUAAGUUUUUAACUUUGUACUAAGGUAUUGCUGGAGGAGCACCUAUGUCGGAUGUAGAGCGAACCCUUAAUAGCUUGAAUGGCUAUCAUGACGACAUACUGGAAGCAUUGAGAAACGCUCAUCGUGGAUUAGCUAGCACGCCAUCCGGAAGUACUAAUCUUCUCAAUGAUGAAGUCAUUCAUAAAUCUUUAUCAGAACAUGGAUAUACUGAUAAUUCUUACAGAAAGGAAACAGAUUGCCAAGAUAAUAUUGAAAAUCGAGAUGAUGAGGAUGAUGAAGAUAUUCCACCAACAUGUGGCACGAUACGUAUUCGUACACUUGAGGAUAUUAUUCGACAAUUAGAGCAUCAUUCAACACGUCACAUGAGCCCUGUUGAUUCAGAAGAUAUACGUAUUUCAGAGAAUGAAAUCGAUCGCCAUUACAGAAUGGAUUCUUCAAUAUGUAGCGAAUCCUCUCAGGGGUAA